AGUGCAUACAUGCUUACGUGUGCAGCUUCCAAUCCGUUGUACGGAAAGCUGUAUAAGUUGUAUGAUAUGAAACGCACGUUCUUGAUAGCGAUCGUUUUGUUUGAAGUCGGGAGUGCGAUGUGUGGGGCUGCGCAUACGUCUACGGCUUUAGUUGUUGGUUGGGCUAUUGCGGGUGUCCGAGGGGCAGGUGUUAGUAGCGGUACCAUGAUGGUAAUCGUGUUGCUGGUGUCGCUUCGCAAACGACCUAUAUUCAUUGGACUCUUUGCUGUUUCAUUCAGCGUAUCGUUUGUUCAAGGACCAUUUCUUGGUGAUACCUUCACUGAUAACUGGCUUGGAUGGCACUGGUGUUUUUACAUUAACCUGCCCAUUGACGGUUGCGCCUUCGCUGUCGCUCUGAUCUUCCUUCAUAUUCAGUCUCCGCCGAAGACUGACCUUCCAAUCUUCUUUCAGAUUAAGCACUCCGAUCCCAUUGGCCUUUUGUUCUUCAGGCCUUCAAUGGUGUGUCUAAUAUCCCCGCUCGAAUGGGUAUGUACAAUGGAAUCGUGGUCAUCGCCUGAGAUCAUUGGUCUUGUCCUUACCUUCGCCGUAAUGUUUCUUGUAUUCUUAGCUAACAGUAGUUCUCCGUAUUUCUAUGGUCAUCAGCACGCUGACAGUGGGGUAGGAUAG